UCUUGAAUCGUGAGUUGCAUAAGACAAAAUGUCGGCAAAUCGUUCCCAGUGAUGUACGGAACACGUUGGGUUUUAUUCUAGUAUGUUUAUAACAUUUAGUUCCAAAAGUUUCAAAUACUAGGCUUUUUGAAGUAAUGACGUACAGGUUAUGUUCGCGAGGAGUGAGCUCCUUGUUAAAUCGGGCAACUCUGAGACUCUCACAUCCUCAGUUUGCGCGGUACUCGUUUGGAGCAAAGCAAUUGUUGCUGAGUCACAAUGCAAGGAACUCUUGGUUACUUGGAAGAAUUCUGAAUUUUGAUCCACCAAAGGGAUUUGAAAAAUUUUAUCCAAAUGCAUCAAAGAAGACAUCAAAUAAAGACUCUAGUAAGAAAGAGAACUCGGAUGUGAACAAGAGGGAAGCAUCAGGGGGUGAUGAUGGUGGUGGAGGAGGGGGAGGGAGCAGUGGCAAACCACCUGGCGAUGACUGGUGGAAGACCCUCUUCGAAAAUAAUCCACAGGCUUUGAUUGGUGGUGCAGUAGCUGCAGUCUUAGCUUUGUUAUUUCUGAUGUCUGAAAGGGACACUAGAGAAAUAAACUGGCAAGAGUUCAGAACAAAAUAUCUUGAAAGGGGAGAGGUGGAAAAACUUGUUGUGUCAAACCAAAGUCUUGUGAAAGUUUUUCUGAAGAAUGACCCCAACAAGAGUCAGCUUUGUUUCACGAUUGGAAGUGUUGAAAGCUUUGAGCGCAGUUUGGAGGCUGUUCAACAAGAGAUGAACAUUGAUCCUGCAUUUUGGAUCCCAGUGACAUAUGUGAAGGAGUCAGAGUGGCUGAAGGAGAUCAUCAAGGCAGCUCCAUCACUGCUGAUUAUCGGUGUCAUAAUUUACUUCAGUAGGAAACUUUCCAGUGGCAGCAGAGGACAAGGGGGUAUAUUUGGUGUUGGGCAGUCAACAGCCAAAUUCUACAAUAAAGAAACAAGUGUCAAAGUCAGAUUCAAGGAUGUUGCUGGAUGUGAGGAAGCUAAACUGGAAAUAAUGGAAUUUGUGAAUUUCCUUAAAAAUCCUCAACAGUAUCAUGAGUUGGGGGCCAGGAUACCCAAGGGUGCUAUAUUAUCAGGGCCACCAGGUACAGGCAAAACUCUGUUAGCCAAGGCAGUGGCUGGGGAGGCCAGAGUACCUUUUCUAAGUAUUUCAGGAUCAGAGUUUUUGGAAAUGUUCGUAGGAGUUGGGCCAGCCAGAGUCAGAGAUCUGUUUGCCCAAGCAAGAAAGAAUGCACCCUGCAUUAUAUUUAUUGAUGAGAUUGAUGCUGUGGGCCGUGCACGCGGCCGUGGAGGUCAUAUUGGUGGGCAUGACGAACGGGAGAACACCCUCAAUCAACUGCUGGUGGAAAUGGAUGGUUUCAGUUCAUCAACAAAUGUAGUGGUACUAUCUGGUACCAACAGACCUGAUAUCCUCGAUCCUGCUCUGCUAAGACCCGGCCGUUUUGACAGACAGAUCCAUCUGCCUCCACCAGAUAUCAAGGGAAGAUGUUCUAUUUUUAAAGUACACUUGAAGCCUCUGAAGACAGAACUGAAUCUCGAUCAAGUUGCGCGAAAAAUGGCGGCACUCACUCCAGGAUUUACAGGAGCUGACAUCGCAAAUGUUUGUAACGAGGCUGCCCUCAUUGCUGCGAGGCAUCUUAUGCCAAAGGUGGAGUUGAUGCAUUUUGAACAAGCCAUUGAGCGUGUUAUUGGAGGUCUGGAGAAAAAAACUCAAGUUUUACAGCCGGAGGAAAAGAAAGUUGUAGCGUACCAUGAAGCGGGUCACGCAGUGGCCGGAUGGUUCCUUGAACAUGCCGAUCCUCUUCUGAAGGUUUCAAUAAUUCCAAGAGGCAAGGGUCUCGGCUACGCGCAGUACCUCCCCAAGGAACAAUACCUUUACUCGACUGAACAGCUGUUAGACCGUAUGUGUAUGACAUUGGGAGGACGGGUUUCCGAACAGAUCUUCUUUGGACGAAUAACCACCGGUGCCCAGGACGAUCUCAGUAAAGUCACCAAGAGUGCUUAUGCGCAGGUUGUGACAUUUGGAAUGAAUGAAAAGGUUGGAAACGUGUCUUUUGAUUUGCCCCGCGAGGGAGAACCUACUUUUGAUAAACCUUACAGUGAGGCGACUGCACAGCUCAUUGACGAACAGGCCAGAGAUGUCAUCAACAACGCGUACAAAAGAACAUUUGAUCUGCUCACCAAACACAAAAAAGAUGUAGAAAAGAUUGCCUUACGACUUUUGGAAAAAGAAGUUCUUGACAGAGAAGACAUGAUUGACCUGUUAGGUCGCAGGCCUUUCAAAGAAAAGUCGACUUAUGAAGAAUUCGUCGAGGGAACUGGUAGCGAAGUAGAAGAUACUAGUCUCCCCAAAGGCUUAGAAGGACUGCAGGAGAAUGGGGACGAGGAAGAGGCCCCUUCAACCACCAUACCCACUUAGUCGCACGAAGGAAAGGAGAGGAACUUUUAAAGAAGGGCUGAAGUAGCUUAGAUAUUUCGAGCAACUACUGUGUCAACUUUUCAUCAUGUACAAACCAGGAUGGAUUUGCAUCUGUCCUCAAUGUUUGAAUUCUAUUCCCAGGGAGUGAAGCUGAACAUCAGCUAAAAUAAGCUAUGGACAUCAUCACUAUGGUUAAAUGUUAACUUUGUAAAUUUUUGAAAAAUAAAACGAUAUGAAUUGA